CUUUCAUAUUGGAUUGCUGUUUACUGACGAGGCAGUUCGGUUCUUACGUUUUCCAUUUCUUUGAGGAGGCGUAAGUCAGUUGGAAAUGACCAUGAAGGUUGGCAUCGUCAGUUUCAUGAUUUACUGCAUCUCCGUGGUGCUGGGUGCAUCCAACGUGUCGGAAGAGCAGACCCAGUGUCCGCUGGGCUACUUCCCGUGUGGCAACCUGAGCGUGUGCCUGCCCCAGCUGCUGCACUGCAACGGCGCCGACGACUGUGGGAACCAGGCAGACGAGGAGAACUGUGGAGACAACAACGGGUGGCCGCACUUAUUUGACAAGUACUUUGGGAUGCCCAACAAUGACGUAGGAACCAAAUCACAUGCAUGUUUGCUGGGCCUUGUUCCAGACCAGUGCCAGUGUAGGGACCUGGAGCUUGACUGUGACGGGGCCAACUUUAAAGACGUGCCCAGUGUGUCUGUCAACGUCACCAUGAUGUCACUGCAGAGGAACCGUCUGCGGAGAUUGAAUGCAGAUAUAUUCUACAAGUACCAGAGCCUGCAGAAACUGUAUCUUCAGCACAACCUGAUCCGCGUAGUGAGCCCUAACGCUUUCCGUGGCCUGUACAACCUGACCCGACUAUAUUUAAGCUACAACAAGAUUUCUGUUCUGAUGCCUGCAGUGUUUCAGGACCUUCAUAACCUGGAGUGGCUGAUUCUGGAGAACAACCGUAUCCAGGAUGUCUCAUCCGCCACCUUCCUUGGCCUGCACUCCCUGGUGCUGCUGGUUUUGUUGAACAACAAUUUGUCACAGCUGGAUGACAUUUGCCAAGAGAUGCCCAGACUCAAUUGGCUGGACCUGGAGGGCAAUCAGAUUGAGCGCGUGGGAAAUGUGACGUUCCGCUCCUGCACGAUGCUGACCGUCCUUGUGUUACAGCGGAACAAAAUUAGCCAUCUUCAUGACCAGGCUUUUUCUCCUCUUCACAAACUUGGCGAGCUGGACCUGUCCAACAACCGCAUCACAGCUUUCCCACCUCAUCUCUUUGUGCACCUGCUAGAUUUGCUUCAGUUGAAUAUCUCCUACAACCCCAUUCUUGAUCUGGAGGUGGAUCAUUUCGACAACCUGCAUAAGCUAAAAUCAUUGGUCAUUGAGGGAAUCGAGAUUGGGAACAUCCAGAGACGCAUGUUUGAGCCCCUCAGGAACCUCACACACAUCUACUUCAAGAAGUUCCAGUACUGCGGCUACGCGCCUCACGUGCGCAGCUGUAAGCCCAACACCGACGGCAUCUCCUCGCUAGAGGACAUGCUGGCCAACAUCGUGCUCCGAGUCUUCGUGUGGGUUGUCUCGGCAACCACUUGCUUCGGCAACGUCUUUGUAAUCUGCAUGCGAUCGUACAUCCGCUCGGAGAACAAACUCCACGCCAUGUGCAUCAUCUCGCUCUGCUGUGCUGACGGGCUGAUGGGCGUGUACCUGUUCAUGAUCGGCGCGUACGACCUCAAGUUCCGCGGCGAGUACAACCGGCACGCGCAGGCCUGGAUGGACAGCGCGGCAUGCCAGGUGGUGGGCUCUCUGGCCAUGCUGUCCACCGAGGUCAGCGUGCUGCUGCUCACCUACCUGACGCUGGAGAAGUACAUCUGCAUCGUGUACCCGUUCCGCUACCUGACGCCGGGCCGGCGCCGCACCGUCACCAUCCUGGCGGUCAUCUGGGUGCUGGGCUUCGUCAUCGCCUUCCUGCCGCUCGUCUGCAAAGGCGUGUUCCGGAACUUCUACGGCACCAACGGCGUGUGCUUCCCCCUGCACUCGGAGCAGCGGGAGACGGAGGGGGCGCAGAUCUACUCCAUCGUCAUCUUCCUCGGGCUGAAUCUGGCAGCGUUCCUCAUCAUCGUCCUGUCUUAUGGCAGCAUGUUCUACAACAUCCAGAGAACCGGCACGCAGACCACCAAGUACACUAACCACAUCAAGAAAGAGCUGACCAUCGCCAAGCGCUUCUUCUCCAUUGUCAUCACAGACUCGCUCUGCUGGAUCCCCAUCUUCAUCCUCAAGAUCUUAUCACUCAUGCAGGUGGAGAUCCCAGGCUCCAUUAGCUCGUGGGUGGUGAUCUUCAUCCUGCCCAUCAACAGCGCGCUGAACCCCAUCCUGUACACGCUGACCACGCGGCCCUUUAAGGAGACGCUGGUGCAGGUGUGGGCCAACUACAAGCAGCGGCGCCCUCUGCUGGGCAACCGGCCCGCGCACCUGCGCUCCUUCACCUGGCUGGAGAUCGUGCCUCUGCAGGAGGGGAGCCAGGCCACCACCACCACCAUGAUGCGCACCUCGCCGGACCUCCUGCCGCCGCAGCCCCCCGACGCCUCCUGCGCCUCCGCCACCUCCCAGCUGCUCCAUGAGGUCGGCGCCGGCCAGACGUGA